AUGACCCUCUCCCUACCCUCCAUCAGUAUAAAUGGCCUCGACGCGCCCGCCGAUGUUCACCCGUUCCUGCACUCCUCUUCCUCGUCCUUCUCCACCGCGGGUGGUGGUGGGGAGGAGGAAUUCGAAGCGUACGAUAGGAAACUGCACGAUCGCGUGUCAGCGCUGUACGCGGAGCUGGAGCGCGAGACGCUGCGCGUCGCGCAAUUGCGCCGGGAGGCUCCCGGGCGCGCGAGGAGGGCUUUCGAGGAGGCGUUGAGGAGCGAGGGUGAGGGCGAUGAGAGGAUUUUGAGGGAGUUGGGGAGGAAGAGGGGGGAGGAGGGGGUUGGGCAGGUGGGGGAUUUGGGCGUUAGGGAGUUGGAGAGGGGGGAGGAGGUUGCGAGGGGGUAUGAGGAGGGGGUGGGGAUGCUGAUGGGGUUGCAGUCGGUGGGUUUUUCCUCUCCUUUUGGUCUUCUGGAGAGGGAGUGGGAUGCUGACCUCCUCAUUUUAAUUUUUUAUUUUUGAUCCGCUGGAUAGAAGUUACCGGCUAUCGCACAUAAACUUACUAGGGCUCAUGAUGCGCUGGAUUAUGUCGAGCCCGAGAGGACUACGGGGAGUUGA